GCCGCAGGCUGUGCUGGAUGAACUGACUUCGCCGUUUGGGUCCAGCCCACCUGCAAAAACAUCUCACACCUCACAGAAAAGCAAGAAGGCGAAAGAGCUCUGCAAGCGCUCCAGAGAUCAGAUGAUCAUUGAUGCUGGGCAGAAGCAUUUUGGUGCCGUAGUUUGCAAGUCGUGCGGCAUGAUCUACACGGCCGCAAGCCCGGAGGAUGAAGCCCAGCACAUCCAGCACCACGAGAGAUUCCUCGAGGCGCUCAGAUACGUGGGUUGGAAGAAAGAACGGGUUGUGGCAGAGUUCUGGGAUGGGAAAAUCGUCUUGAUUCUUCCAAAUGACCCAAAAUACGCCGUCAAGAAGGCAGAAGAUGUGCGAGAAAUUGUAGAUAACGAACUGGGAUUUAAGCAAGUUUCUUUGAGCUGCCCAGACAAGACUAAAAUGUACUUGUUUGUGUCCAAUGAGAAGAUGGUCGUUGGGUGCUUGGUGGCUGAAUCCAUCAAGCAGGCUUUCCGGGUGCUGUCUGAGCCGGGAGCCGUGCCGUCCCUCGGCCAGGACGUCCUGCAGCACCACCGGGCUUGGCGCUGCUCCAGCGAGCCGGAGCCCGCCAUCUGCGGCAUCAGCAGGAUCUGGGUGUUCGGCCUGAGGCGCAGGAAGGGCAUCGCCCGUCGCAUGGUGGACGUGGUCAG